CAUGUCGUUGCUGAGCAUCCGCUGACCGACCAUGAUGAAGACCGAAUCUACAUCCAAGAGCGCCGGCUCCGGCUCGACCCUCAGGAGCCCGUCGCCGCACAGAAGCGCCUACGAGGCGGGGAUGCAGGCCCUGAAGCCCGUCAAAGACAGUGCCGCCAACGGGGACUUGCAGGAGGGCCCGCGGGGCCGCCGGUACGGCUCCAACGUGCACCGUAUCAAGAACAUGUUCCAGCAGAUGCAAAGCACACCCCCGACCGAUGCGGAGGGGGAGGAUGGUAACGCCAACAGCGCCGACAAAUCGGUGCGUCUGUCCCUGCCCAGAGCUGGCAGUCUGAACGAGAACGUGGACCACAGCGCACUCCUCAAAUUAGGGUCCACGGUGUCUGAGCGGGUGAACAAGUUUGACCCCAAAGCGGAAAACGGGCACCAGCGGGCCUCCUCGCCCAGCUACUCCAAACUGCAGGAGACCCGCAGGAUUUUUGAGCAGCACCAGGAAAAACAGCAUCAGGAGAAACUGGCCACCACCAGGGUUUUGCUGAAGACGGACAAGGCCUCAGGCUUCCAGGAUGGCAGGUUGGAUGUUGUGGCCCGCUUCAAUGGCAGCACAGAGUCCCUGGACAGUCUGGACACCAGCGAGGCUGUAUCGCCAACGGUCAGCCAGCUGAGUGCUGUCUUCGAAAGAGCCGCCGAGCUGCGCAACAACCUCCACCGCCUCUCCUCCACUCCGCCGCUCCCAUCCCGGGGCAUCAGCACCAAAGUUGGGGUGUUGAACUCCAAAAUCAUCACCAAGAGGGUGAGGAGCUUUCCGACAGGCAGCCUGGAGGAAGACAUUCGUGGCCAGAGGGACCAAGACGGGCCUCUCCGGGGCCCCAGGGGCAAGGGGACUCCUCUUUCUGAAGUCCUGAACGGCAGCCAAAAUGGGGAGCAGGGCGCCUCAACAACUGAACUCUCCAGCGCUGUGCUGGAAGCAAAAGGGCAGAGGGGAAAAACUGUUUCGGAUGCCGGUGUAGAGGCCAAAGCCGAGGUGAAUCCCGAAAAGUGUUUUGGCGACAAGGGACCCAGCGGCACACAAGUGCAAGGUGACAACCAUGUCUUUCUUGAGAAUAGGGGCGCCACUGCUGAGAAGGAGCACACAAGCUCUCCAAAAGGUACUGGCAAUGAAAUGGGCUGGCAGGAAGGCGAGAUGCUGGCCAAGAGAGAAACAGAGGAGGAAGAGAGGACUCGAACAGAAGAGCAGUCGGGGCGAGAGUCUGUGGAUAUCAGUACCUACAGUGCAGUGGGCGAAGACUUUGAAGGAAGCCAGGUGGAUGAAGAGGAGGAUGAGGAGGAGGAUGACCGCUAUGAGCCUGAGUCCAGCUGCAUAGAGGUAUCUGGGCUACCUGUGGAGGAGGACCCACCCCCCUCUCGGAAGAUUCGCUUCAGCACUGAGCCCAUCAAGGUGUUUGCCACCUAUCCUAAUGAAGACUAUGACAGGCGUAAUGAAGAUGUGGAUCCCAUGGCAGCAUCUGCUGAGUAUGAGUUGGAGAAAAGGGUGGAGAGGCUGGACCUGUUCCCCGUGGAGCUGGAGAAAGAUGGAGACGGCUUGGGCAUCAGUAUCAUCGGGAUGGGGGCGGGGGCGGACAUGGGCCUGGAGAAGCUGGGCAUAUUUGUUAAAACAGUCACGGAUGGAGGAGCCGCGCACAGGGACGGCAGGAUCCAGGUGAAUGAUUUAAUCGUGGAGGUGGAUGGGACCAGUCUGGUUGGGGUCACCCAGAGUUUUGCUGCCUCCGUGCUCAGAAACACUUCAGGAACUGUGAAGUUCGUCAUUGGUCGGGAGAAGCCGGGAGAGCAGAGCGAGGUGGCCCAGCUGAUCCAGCAGACCCUGGAGCAGGAACGCUGGCAGAGAGAGAUGAUGGAGCAGCGCUACAACCAGUACAUGGAUGAACAAGAGGCUGGUGAAUAUGGCACAGAUGAGGAGGAGGAUGAAGAUGAGGAGGUCAGUCCAUCCUAUCCCAGUGCUAUUGAAGUCUUUGACCUGGCAGAGAAUGAGGACAUGUCGCCCCUGGAGACGGACCCCGAGAAACUGGCCCAUAAGUAUAAAGAGCUCCAAAUAAAGCACGCCGUGACCCAGGCUGAGAUCCAACAGCUAAAACGAAAGCUGCACCAUGCAGAGCAGGAGAAGCAGCGCUGGCGUAUGGAUAAGGCCCAGCUGGAGCAGACCCUACAGGAGAACAAGGAGCGCAUGGAGAAGCUGGAGGGCUACUGGAUGGAGGCGCAGAGUCUGUGCCAGGCUGUGGAUGAGCACCUGAAAGAGACACAGGCCCAGUAUCAAGCCCUGGAGCGAAAGUACAGCAAAGCAAAGCGCCUGAUUAAGGAAUACCAGCAGAAAGAGAUUGAGUACCUGAAGAAGGAGACCCAGCGGUGUGCACAAGAGGGGGCCGAGGCCUCCCUUCUCAAAGAAGAGUCUGGGCAACUCCAGGAGCAGGUGGCCGACCUGGAAUGCAGGGUUGAGGAGCUGAAGUCAGAGCCGUUAUAAAGGCCUUCAUCCUUCACGUGUCUCUGGAAGCAGACCUCCUCUAAACUAAAGGAAGAGAUGGUGUUGUUGUACUCGCAGUGAGCCGCAGGGUAUUUCUUGUCUCAAAGUUAAGCUUGGUUUCUGGUCGCAUACCGUAUAUGUAUCCUCAGGCUUUAUACUUCUGCAUACAGUCUCUUAUCUUAACCCAUUUUAACCCUGUUUUUUCCGUUAACACUCCAUUUCUGGGAAAGUGAAUCGGUUUUUUCCUCGUGACCAAUACAGACAAGAUCUUCCGUUGAGUUCCAAGCUUUGCUCUUUUAUUUCCAGAGUUCAGUAUUUAAUUCCUUGAUUUGUGUUUUUAUUUUUUAUUUUUAUUUUUUGUGAACUAGAGACCAAGGCUACCGCUUUUAAUUGCCAAAACGUUCCCUUUUUUUUCUGCCUCGUUUUUGUGAACACUUUUUUCUGAGUUUGUACAGAUGUGAUACUGUAUGUGGUUUUAUUAAGCAAAGUUUGGUUUGUAUAUAUUUUUAUUAAUAUGUGUAUAACAUUUAACAUAAUAUAUACUAAUGAGAUUUGAGGAUCAGUGUAUAAUUUAUGUGAUGAAGACGUUUGAAGUGGAGGGAGGUUGCACUGAGGAAGCAAUCGGCGUUGCCGUGCUUCACCGGGACGGGAGGAAGAGAAGAGUCCAAGGUGUCUUUUGAAUUGUACAAACAGUAACCCAACCUUUGUAGGGGUCUCGUCAAGUUAUUUUCAGAACCACCUGCUGCCUACCUUUCAGAGCUGUGGAUUUUUCUUUUUCUUUUUUUUUUUACACAAAGACUCUCCUGCUCAUUUAGUGAGCAGAAAAUCCUCCACUUUCAAUCCCUCUGUUAACUCGUUUUCAAAAAAGGACCAGAGGAGCAAGACUCCACAACUGCUGUGCAACAAAUGAAAAUGAAUCUAACCCCCUCCCCCCUCCUCGAAAUGGAUGUUGUCAAGGAUUUGUGUAUCUGGUAUUAGUUAGAAUUACGGAUGUAAGAAACACAACUGGACUUGUGUGGUGAGGAAAAAGCCUGUACCAGCAGCCAGGUAAUAGAUCUGAUAUUCUAGUGUCUUUAACCAGCAGCUGCACUUGACACCGCUGUGUGUAGCACACGGAAAACACUGCCAGGUUUACACCUGUUUUAAUUCACACACAGUUUGAAGUGAACCCGAGUCUAUUUGUGUCAACUCUCAUACCAGUAUGUUUAUAUAGUCCAGAUAAGACUGAAAUAUUUUAAUUAUGCUUAAUGUUUAUAAUAUAGCAAAGGUGGAAACAUGAGCUAACAGAACAAAAACUGACACUAGCAAUGCAAACUCUAAAAACAAAGAAACUUCAUCUUCUAAGAUGAUCUGGUUGAGUAGCAUAACAAUGUUACAAUUAUGAAUUGAAAAAAAAUUGGCAUGAGUAUUUUCAUAAUAAGGCUUGUACAGGGCACAUGCUUUGCAUUGUAUGUUUUGUGGAAUAAAUGGUCAA